GGUCUGCAUCGUACUGUAAACUUUGAUUACCGUACUGUAAACUUUGAAAGACUUGGGCAGUGUGCGAAAUUUGAAUGGUAGUAUAAACUUGAUUAACUACUUUAUAAUCACUUUAGAUUGAAAUUCAUUACAAAAUAUAUUUGAUUUCUUCUAUUUUUUUAUGAUUAUAUUGAUGUUAUAAGAUUAAUUCCUUCGCGUUGUUAAAAGUGAAAGUAGUGAAACUAUCUCCGCCAUUAUGAAUCCCUGUGAACGAAGUAGAUAUCCCGAUUAUUCUUCAAAUAAUAACAGUCGGCAAAACUAUAAAACUUCCAGGGGUGCCAGUCAUCGUCGAGAUAACAGAACUGAAACAUGCGAUUACCGUAACCAAAAUAGGCAACCACGAAGACAUCAUCCAUAUAGACCUGAUCUGGAUGUUGUUGCUCUUUCAAAGUAUCUCUCUUUCAUUUUGCGUCACCCAAAGAAAGAUUCGAGACUGCAAAUGGAUGAAGAAGGAUAUAUAUACGUUAAAGAUAUUUUAAAAACGUGGAAAUUCCGUAAUCUGGGAUUGCAAGAUGUUUUACAUAUCGUAGAAACUAAUGACAAGCAGCGAUUUGCUGUUAAACAAGAUGUUUAUGAACGUUUCAUGAUACGAGCUACUCAGGGACAUUCAGUAGAAGUAAAUCUUCGUUUGGAACCAAUUUUAGAUCCGGAACACUUUCCUAAAGUGGUUCAUGGAACCACGUACGAAGCUUGGCAGUUCAUUCGGUGCGAAGGCUUAAAGAAAAUGAACCGCGCAUACAUACAUUUUGCUAUAGGUAUGCCAGAGGAUUCUGGUGUCAUCAGCGGUAUGCGCAGUUCGAGCGAAAUAUGCAUUUUUAUCAACUUGGCAAAAGCUCUGUAUUUUGGAAUUAAAUUUUUCCUUUCGGAAAAUAUGGUGAUAUUAAGCCAAGGAGACCAGGAUGGUAGAAUUCACCCUACGUUCUUCCUUUAUGCUGUGGAUAGAAAGACACGUAAAUAUGUACACUGAAAAAAAUUAUAUUUUGAGGCAUUUCAACAUUUACGAUGGAAUAGAUAGGUUUGCUUUGCUAAUAUAUAUAAAAGGAAAUAAGAGGCAAUCUUAACAUUUUCUUUUCGAAAUAUUUUCCUUGUCCGCUUAUAUGAUACAAAAUAAAAUCAAAGUUGUAAAUCGAAA